AUGAACAUUAUCGAGUGGGCCUUCGGGCGCUCCAAGACUCCUGCGGAACGUCUCCGCGCCCAUCAGCGCUCUCUUGAGAAGGCUCAACGUGAACUCGACCGCGAACGUACGAAGCUCGAACAGCAAGAAAAGAAGCUCCAGAAUGACAUCAAGAAAGCUGCAAAGGCUGGACAAAUGGGCGCUUGUAAAAUCAUGGCCAAGGAUCUUGUCCGGACGAGGCGUUACGUGCAGAAGUUCUAUCAGAUGAGGACACAAUUGCAGGCCGUGAGUUUGAGGAUACAGACUGUAAGAUCGAAUGAAGCGAUGACCACCUCCCUCCGCGGCGCAACAAAACUCAUGUCCUCCAUGAACCGCCAAAUGAACCUCCCCGCCCUCCAACGUAUCACAAUGGAAUUUGAACGCGAAAACGACAUCAUGGAUCAACGACAAGAAAUGAUGGAAGAAGCGAUUGAUGAUACCUUUGAGGAUGACGAAGAGGAGACGGAUGAGAUUGUUGGGGCGGUAUUAGAUGAGCUUGGUAUUGAGCUUGGGCAGCAGUUGGGUGCGACGCCUACGGGUGCUAUUGGUGGGAAGGUUGAUGCUGGGAAGGGGAGGGUUGCGGUGGCGGAGGGCGGGGGCGGUAUGGGUGGUGGUGGAGGGGGCAACGAGGACGAUGAUUUGCAGGCGAGGCUUGAUAACCUUAGGAAGUGA